AAACUAUAGUUUGCUUGAACCAGCCAAUAGAAACAGAGCUUGUUCGCUGGAGGCUGUCAAUAUGGCUUCUCACUGAGUUUUUCAGGAAGAGACUGAGAGUAAAUAAACACUGUCUUGGAAUCAUUUUUAAAUACCAGCCUCUAAAUGAGCAAAAGGAUAACGCACAACAAACAGAAAAUGUCAAACGACGGAAGCAAGAAGCAAUUCUGGAAGAGGAACGUCUCGAAAGUUCCAGGGAGCAUUCAGCAUGUGUAUGGAGCACAACAUCCACCUUUUGAUCCCCUUCUCCAUGCAAAUUUAAUGAAAACCGGCAACAUGCCACAUACAACAACAGUGAAACCAAAGAAAGCAACAACUUUUCAGGAGUUUGAAAGCAUUACGAGUGAUGCAUGGGAUGUUGGAGAAGAUGACGACGAACUUUUAGCAAUGGCUGCCGAGAACUUAAAUAUAGAAGUUGUUAUGGAAACAGCCAAUAAAGUAAUUGAAAACCACAGCAAGUUGCAGGAACAGAAACAGCAAGAAGAGCAUUUUGAAAAAGAGGAGGAAGAGGAGGAAGAGGAGGAGGAUAGGGAUGAUGAAGAGGAAGUAGUAACACAGACCGCUUCAAGUUCUUAUAGUGAAAACAGAAUGGUGAAGUCUUUCAGUGAGGCACACAUUGCAGCAUCAAAAGAGGGCGUAGGUGAAAGAGCAACGCUCCAAAGGCAACAGUCUCUCCCACAUCGGCCGCUAAUACCUUUAGUAGCAAGAAUGGCUGAUCAGAACACGUCAGGUUCUCCGGUAAUGACAGAAAGAGAAGCAUCCCGGUUAGACAAAUUUAAACAGCUGCUGGCAGGCCCCAACACUGACCUUGAAGAGUUGCGGAAAUUAAGCUGGUCUGGGAUUCCAAGACAAGUUCGGCCAAUAACAUGGAAACUUCUUUCUGGUUAUCUUCCUGCAAAUGUGGAACGAAGAGAAAGCACUCUGCAGAGAAAACGACAAGAAUAUUUUGGUUUCAUUGAACAAUACUAUGACUCUAGAAAUGAUGAACACCAUCAGGAUACAUACAGACAGAUUCAUAUAGAUAUUCCCCGUAUGAACCCUGAGAGUUUAAUGCUACAACCUAAAGUUACAGAGAUUCACAUUGACAUUCCAAGAACUAAUCCUCUUAUUCCUCUCUUUCAACAAGCUUCUGUGCAAGAGAUCUUUGAACGUAUUCUCUUCAUAUGGGCAAUACGGCACCCAGCCAGCGGAUAUGUGCAAGGCAUAAACGAUCUAGUUACUCCUUUCUUUGUUGUCUAUGUUUUUGAAUAUAUCGAGGAAGAGGUGGAACAUUUUGAUGUUUCCAGUCUGCCUGAAGAAGUGCUGCGGAACAUUGAAGCUGACAGUUUCUGGUGUAUGAGCAAGUUGCUUGAUGGCAUUCAGGACAACUAUACCUUCGCCCAGCCUGGAAUUCAGAGGAAAGUGAAAGCUUUGGAAGAACUUGUUAGUCGGAUCGAUGAACACGUCCACAGGUAUUUACAGCAGUAUGAGGUGGAGUACCUGCAGUUUGCCUUCCGCUGGAUGAAUAAUCUGUUGAUGAGAGAACUUCCUUUGAGGUGCACCAUUAGGCUUUGGGACACGUAUCAGGCUGAGCCAGAGGGGUUUUCACACUUCCACUUGUACGUGUGUGCUGCCUUCCUUGUCAGGUGGAGGAAAGAAAUUUUAGAGGAAAAAGAUUUUCAAGGGCUCAUGAUCCUGUUGCAGAAUUUACCAACAAUGCACUGGGGAAAUGAAGAAAUCAGCGUUCUCCUAGCAGAAGCCUAUAGAUUAAAAUAUGCAUUUGCAGAUGCACCGAAUCAUUAUAAGAGAUGAGGCUUAUUUUAAAUUGUUGGAAGAAUUACUGAAUUAAAAGCUUAUAUUUUCAAUUUUUCUAGUUUCUAACCCAACUUCACAGUUAUAACAAUAUUACAGUAUGCUUAUUGGACAGUUUGUAAUAUAAUGAUAUGGUUUUCUUUGAUAUUACAAAUGUGCGCCCUCCAAUAUCAUAUCCUCCCUAUUCAUCUUGACUUAUCCUGCUUAUAAACUGGUAGUUUAAUGUGAAAAAAGGUGACUAAAAAACCCAGCCACAUAAUUGAAGAUUUAAAAUGAUUGGAUAUCCUGUCCCUAUAUACAAAAGGGUUUGUUGGAAAACAAUCUUCUUGCUAUUUAUUACUAUUUAGUUGUAUUAUAUGACAGGGAGAAGUGCAUUACCAUUCAAAACCCAUCACAUUGCUACUUAACAUUGCUGUUCUGUUGUGGGUUGAAGUAGUGCACUGCUCCCAAUCCAUACAACCAAUGUAUACCACAUGUUAAGUGCUGACUAAGGGGGAACAGUUUAUCACAGGACUUGCAACACCACACGUAUUACUCCAGGCUUUCAAGAGACUUGCAUUAUGUUUCAAGAAAUGUCCAGUCUAAGAUCAGUCACGUUUGCAGCUGCUACUAUUUCACAUUUAUUAACAGAUGUUCUUUUGUCACAUGAAUAUGAGUUGGUACCUGUGAAUGUAGUGUAUGCUCAAUGGGCAAUAAUCAAAUCUUCCGCAGUCACUUCAUUAUUUUUCCUUCUCCACAAAACCAGGAUCUUUGUAACACUUAAUAACAAAGGACUACCUCAGGAGAUGUCAGGUUUAGUUGUACUCCAUUCUGCUGAAUGUAAUCCUCAUGGUGGAAGAUCUCAUGAACAUGCAGAUGACAAACAGCGAUAAAAUAGCAAUGUUAACUCCACACAUCAUAGUGUUUAACUUGAGAUGAAUUCUUAAAUAUGCCUUAAACAUGGCUGUAUAAUUUCAGUUAGUGAAGGAUUAUGAGAUGGGAAUCGUAAAAAAAACUGUUUGUUAUACAGUAAAUGCUACAAUGUAUGCAUAGAUAUUCUCUUAGUUAGAAAUUAUUAUAUUUAUAUAUUUUUUUGAAAACUGGUGUUCUACAAGCAAGUUUAAAACAUUAUAGAUGCAUAAACCAAUUGCUUGUUUAGUUCUAAAAUAUGUGUGUGUGUGUGUGUUGGGGCAUCGAGCUUUCAAAACACUAAUGUCUUUAUUGUUUGAAAUUUAGGAGCAAUCUUCUGCUUUAAUGCUUUCUAUACAUUGGAUGUGCCAUUUGCAGGCCAUUGUCGUGUGUCAGUGGUUAAAACCCAUUUGCUAUUCCUCAUGAAUCAAAAUUGCACUUCAUAACCCCCCCACCCCCCCUCCCCCCCUUCAUCCAUCUAUUUUUUUAUAAACAAAAGACUAUAGUUAGAAACAUUUUUUUACUAGUUACAAUGAUCUAAUUAUGUUGUGUCUAACAAUUAUAAUAUACCGUCAACAUUAUAUUUAUUUGGACUUAAUAUCAUUUUUUUAAGAUCUGUCUGCACAUUCAAACUUAAAGCUAGAUUUUAUUUUAUGAACAAUUAGUUUACUUUUCACAGAGUCUGUAAUAAUAAACUAUACCAAUUGAAAGAUCAAAUGAUGAUAUUGCAUCAAUAAUUUGCCUUUGUGUUGCUUUUAUGAAAAUAAUUAGCAUCAUUUGUUUUUACAGCAGAACUGAUUAUUUUAUGAAUGUGGGCAUGCUAGUCACCUGAGUAAAAUAAAGAUUUUAAACCAGCCUGAUGUUUUAGACACAUGUAGCUUCUCGUAUAUCAUUAAAUAAAAGUGUGUCGUGUGUGUGUGUUUAUGUUUAUAUAUAUAUAUAUAUAUAUAUAUAUAUAUAUAUAUAUAUAUAUAUAACACACACAGUAUGUGGUCUUCUUUAAUCUGUUUGUGCUCUCCCCAAAAUACCCCAUGCAUUAAAAAAUAAGUAACUAAACAUCAACAAUAUUUCCACAAUAUAUUCAUAAAUCUAUAUUCAUAAUAAAAUGAGAAAUUUCCCAAAACAUGUUGUUUAAACAAGUAUGAUGACAGAAUUUUGGUCGAGACAUCAUUGUUUUGUAUUAAAUUAUUGUGUGUUAUUUCAGACAAAUUCCAUAAUGUAUUCAAAUUCAUGUGUAGUGACAUUUUGGAACAUGAUCCCUGUAGUUUAUAUAAUGCUUAAUUAUUACAGAGACUAACAAGCUGUAACAGAAAAUACACUAUACAAGCAGUAGGUAUGUUCUGUAAAUUUAAAAACAAAAUGUACAAAGAAAAACAUUUUCAAAUGGAAAUAUGUAAAUAGAAAUGAAACCUGUAAAUAAAUAAAUAACAGGAAAAGG